AUGCUCUUGAAAGAAACACCCGCAACCACGCACGUGCGUUUCAUGCACAGCGGGCGACGCAUCUGUGCGUGCAGUCUCCCUUCUUCCCUCCCUCCAUCCCUCCCUCCCUCCAUCCCUCCCUCCCUCCCUCCCUCCCUCCAUCCCUCCCUCCCUCCCUCCCUCCAUCCCUCCAUCCCUCCAUCCCUCCAUCCCUCCCUCCCUCCCUCCCUCCCUCCCUCCCUCCCUCCCUCCCUCCCUCCCUCCCUCCCUCCCUCCCUCCCUCCCUCCCUCCCUCCCUCCCUCCCUCCCUCCCUCCCUCCCUCCCUCCCUCCCUCCAUCCCUCCCUCCCUCCCUCGCUCCCUCCCUCCGUCCCUGCUCCCUAUCUACCGUAUUCCACAUCUUCUCCUCUCUCUUCCCCGCCUUGCCUCCACUGCCUUGUAUCUCCCCACUUCACUCGCCCCCCCUCACACCCCCCAGAUCCUGCGGUUGGUGGUGGCAGUGGAGGGCAGUGGGGAGUUCUACCUGGUGGGGAGCAACUCGGGGCGGCAGUCGGAGCAGGGGGGCGGGCAGCUGGGGGGAGGGGGAGGCACGUACGUGAAUGAUGAGGUCACGGGCUGGAAGAUUGAAAGUGUGGCGCUCGACUGCACUCCCUCUGACACCACUGUCAGCACCUCCGCCUCCUACCACCCCGAGGACCCGUGGAACGCCAUACCGGACAACACGGGCAGCAGCAGCAGUGGGGCAGCGAGCAACCAGAGCGCCACGUGCAUCUUCACCAUCCACAUCCAACGCACCAGCGGCGUCUACGUCAUCGCCGUGCUGCUGCCGGUCAUCCUGAGCGUCUAUCUCACAUUCACGGCCUUUGUAGCAAAGCCAGAGGAUCUUGAGAUUCGAUUGGGGGCGUGCCUCACGCUCUUCCUCGCCCUCGUCGCCAUUCAGUUCGUUAUUGACAGCCAGCUGCCGCGCACGUCAGCGAUAACCAACUUUGGGUAUCUGAUGAUCGUGUCGUACAUUGUCAUCUGGCUGUGCACCAUGGAGACCCUCGUUGCCUUCUGCAUCGCCGAGCGCAUCGAGAAGAACGUGCAGGAGCUCGUCUCCGACUCGCUGCCGCCCGCCCUCUCCUUCAAGCGCCGCUCGCCUGCCCACAAGGCAGCGGGUGAGAAGCUGAUGGGUUCUGGGGACGACGGGGAUGGCGUUGAUAGUAAUGACCCUGAAGCCAUUGCUGAAGCUGCAGUGGAGAGGAGGGCUGCUGCGGCUGAGGAGAAGCAGAAGAAGAACGUCCCGGGCCUGCUG